AUGGCAUCUUCUUCGUCUACUUCCUCUCUCAAGAUUGAGAGUCUUCUCGGCAUGUUUACCAUACGCUUGAGCGACGACAACUAUCUGAAGUGGAGCUAUCAGCUUGAGUCGGUGUUACAAGGCUACGACCUCUUUGGAUAUCUUGAUGGAUCUGUGUUUGCUCCUCCGAAAUUUGCGAUUUUGGAUGAGGAAUGUGUUACCUCUGAAGUCACCGCUGCUUACAAAGACUGGCUGCGUACUGAUAAAGCUCUCCUGAGUCUGCUGAUUGCUUCUCUCUCCGAUGAAGCUCUUGAGUAUGUCAUUGGAAGUCGCACUGCUCGUGAAGCCUGGCUUAAUCUUACGGAUCGCUAUGCUUCACAUAUUCGUGAUCAAUUGCACUCUGUUGGUGUGAAGAUUUCUGAUGACGAUUUUGUCAUCGCUGCUCUCAACGGUUUGCCGCAGGAAUAUGAUAUCAUCAAAACGGUGUUAAUUGCUCGGGAUACUUCACUUUCUCUCAGAGACUUCCGCGCUCAACUUCUUGUUGCUGAGCAAACCGCUGAGGCCAGGGUUGUGACACAUUUUGCAAUGUUUACUUCUCAAUCUGCUCCGAAUUCACACUCUGUUCCUAGGUCUGCAAGCUAUGGUCCUUCGUCUGGUCAAGGCUUGCUUCCUACACCGGUGCAGGGUUUGGUUGGCUAUGCUGGCUCUAACACACGAUUUUCUGGUCCUCAGCCUAAUUUCAACGGCAAUUCUGGUCGUGGUGGUUUUGGUUCUGGUAAAUUUGGUUCAUCUCAAUUCCGUCCUUCCUCUGCUGGAUUUCGCAAUGGUUUCUCUACCAAUAAAUUUGCAAUUCCAGAAUGUCAAAUUUGCAGUAAGCGUGGGCACACUGCUGCUAAUUGUUACCAUCGCCAUUCUUCUCCUAAUUCUACUGCUUCUUCUGUGAUAAUUGAGUGUCAAAUUUGUGGUAAGAAGGGGCAUGGUGCUUUGGAUUGUUACCACCGCUCCAAUUAUGCAUUUCAAGGUCAAUCUCCUCCUUCAUCCUUGACUGCAAUGAUUGCUCAGACUACCUACAAUCCUGAUCAAGUAUGGAUAGCUGAUAGUGGUGCUACACAUCACAUGGUCUCUACUCUCGAUCAUCUGAAUAAUGUGGCUGCUUGUGAUUCUGCUGAGAAUGUGACUGUUGGCAAUGGGGAAGGUUUGCAAAUCCGUCAUAUAGGAACUGCUAAGCUUUCUUCUUUAACUCUUCCAUCCGUGUUUCAUGUUCCACAUCUCACGGCUAAUCUCUUAUCUGACAAGCUCACCAAGAAAAUUCUGCUCCAAGGCAAGAGUAGCCAGGGGCUUUAUCCAAUACCAGUGUCUCUGCAAUCUUCAGUUUCUGUACCAUCUCCCAUACAACAUUCUCAGCGGUCUAUGUCUCUGUCAGUUGCGUUUCUUGGUCAGCAGGUUAAAUCCUCAUUGUGGCAUCACAGGUUGGGUCAUCCAACUAAUGAAGUGGUGAAGUAUAUGCUCAAAGCUGCUCAACUUCCCUAUUGUGAUGAUUCUCAAUUUUUCGUGUGUUCUGAUUGUCUUCAUGGCCAAAUGCAUAAACUUCCUUUUCCUACAGAUCAUGUAAAAGUUACCAUUCCAUUUCAGAAAAUCCAUAGUGAUGUGUGGGGUCCCUCUAGGAUGAAAUCUGUUGAUGGCUUUCGGUUUUAUGUGAUCUUUGUUGAUGAGUGUACUGGCUAUAUGUGGUUGUAUCCACUUUAUAAUAAAUCAGAAGUUUAUGCUACUUUUCUCAAGUUUCAUGCCAUGCUUGUUACUCAGUUUGCUGCUUCUGUCAAGUGUUUGCAAAGUGAUGGGGGAGGGGAGUUUACUAGUAGGUUGUUCACUGAUUAUUUGGCUUCUAAGGGCAUUGAACAUCAAUUAUCCUGUCCAUACACUCCUCAGCAAAAUGGUUUAGCUGAGAGGAAGAAUAGACAUCUUAUUGAAACCUCUAUUACUCUUUUGACUGCUGCUCAUCUUCCUAGUCAGUUUUGGUUUCAUGUCGUUGCUCAUGUUGCGUAUUUGAUUAAUAGGAUGCCUAGUAAAGGUUUGGAUCUUCAGUCUCCCUAUUAUAGACUUUUUGGCUUGGUUCCUGAUAUCACACAUGUUAAGGUGUUUGGCACUGCAAUUUAUCCAUAUUUGAGACCUUAUACUGAGCAUAAGCUUCAAUCUCGCACAGCUCAAUGUGUUUUUCUUGGAUAUGCACCAGGUUAUAAAGGUGUCAUUUGUUAUAAUCCUUUCACGGGCAAAUUUGUGAUAUCUAGGCAUGUUAUCCAUGAUGAAACUUGUCAUCCUUUUAAGAGGCUUCCGGCAUCUAUUUCUCCGGUAUUAUCCAUGCCCUCACAGUCUACUUCUAUCCGGGUUCCACUUCUCGUUCCCGUGACAACUUCUGCUACUCCUAAUUCUGUAGAAGGUGCUGAUAAUUUGGCAUAUGAUCUUGCAGCCUCUGAUCCGGCAGACACUAGUCCUUCCAUUUCUCAUGCGGUACUUCAGAUUCUAUAG